AUGUCUUCAAUAUCCUUCCCUUCACCUUCACCUUCACACGAUACCGACGACGACGGCCAGUUUUAUUCGUCCGUCUAUGAUACCAGUGCAUCGUUCACCAUGAAUCCGCUCUCCUCCCACCCACCACGCACCCCACGGACGUCCGCUGUGUCAUCGUCAUCGCACCACAUAUACGGAAACAGUAUAUACACUGAGAAGACCGAGGAGAAACAACAAGAGGACGGAAAGCCCGAGGUGGACAUGGACUACGUGGACGACGACAGCGACAAGAUGAAGGAGGCCGAGAAGAGGAUUUUGCGGGAAGAUAUAUGGAGGGAGAUGGUACUAACGAGCAAUGGUCGGGACAAAGCAUUUAAAUUAAUCCAGUACUCAAUCCGGAUGUAUCUCUAUUUCCAUAGAUCUUUCACAGGAAGAUUAAUGAGGAAUAGGACGCGCUCACCAUGGGAACAAGGUCUUGUCAAGCGCCUAGAGUCCACAGUAUCCGGCUUUUCUUUCUCAAGAAAGAUGCUCCUUCUCUUCAACUGGUUGUCCCCGCUGACGGCGAUAAUGACCCAAAAUUCAGCUCCUGUUCCCUUCUCUGCUUCAUCUUCGAAUGCAAAGUCUUCCCGACCACUCCUGCAUGCCGUCCUGCAUGCGCCGCCUCCAGUACUACUUGAACUUGUGAACGCGUUCGCCGACGACAUGUAUGCGCUUUCCCUUGUAGGUCUUCUAGGCAAACGCACAGGGGAACGUGCUGGAAAAUUUGCCGAUUGGUGUUGGCUCCUUUCCACGUUGGUGGGGCUGGUCGAGAAUGGGGUGGAGCGUCAGAUGAUUGGGGGAUUGCAGUCUGAAGUGGAGUCGCGUCUAUACAAGGAAUCCAUGUCAGGUGCUACUGCGAAAUCAAAACCCAAAAUAUCGAAGAUUGAUGAGAAGGAGCUGGAGAGGUUGCAGAAGCAGGAUUAUUGGCUGCAGAUUACGAGAGCCAAGUUGGCAAUGGAUUUGAUCUUCGUCUCAUAUGAUUUAUUCAAUUUCAAACGUGGGCGAGAGCCAGUGAAGACAUUUACGGGUCUCAUGGCGGCGAUCCUGAGCUCUGCAAAGCUAUUUGAUCGGCACAAGAAUUCACUAGCGAAGACGUUGUCGGUGACACUAUAG